CGCUGUGAACGCAGCAAGGAACGCCACGGAUGUUUCAUCCUCCCAGAUCGGUGCGUUGGAGGACGUUGACGUGACUCGUGCUCCCCGUCAUCGUCAGCGUGUCGUCGUCUUCCGUUGGCCGCGACCGAACCAAUCGGUAUCGUCAGUCGUUUUGGAGCGGGAUCGAUGCAGAUCGUCAACAGGCUGUCACACGCCCGUGACACCGACUCUUUUUCAAAGGUAUCGGGGGGUUAGAGUAACACCUCAAGGACUGAGAAUAUUCUCCCGAGGAAAGACUGUCUUAUUCGUGAAGUGUACGUGUCGUUGUAUGGUGAACGCGUCGAGAAUCGGAGAUCGCGAUGAUUCGUUAAUCUCGUCCCGCGACGUUCCAAACAGUAAGGAUACUUCCACAGAGUCCAAACAGACGAACGAUGUAACGUAUUCGUCGAUAAGCAACGAACUGUGAACUCAAAACAAAGUGUAUUUACAUAGACAGUGUACUCGUCAGUGAUAAACAAGUGCGCGAUCUUCUCGUUAAUUCAAACGUAAAGUUAACACCGUGCCGCAACCGUCAAACGCAUAGUGGAGGUCAACGGGAGAACCCGCGAGGUCCAUGACGCGUUUUCACACGACGUGAAUGUACUCCCGUUCCUUUGUCGUUAAAUUCUCGACCAGCGGGUCCUGACGAUCAUAAUGAUGAACGCGUUUUUGGACGGCGUGACCUCGCACCCUCACCAUCUAGCCAAUCUGGGCAUCAAACUGUCACCCGGUGGUAGCGGAUCCCCGGGGGUAUCCACGGAUCCUGGCGCAGGUGUGCAGCCGUCUCCAGGUGAGGCUCCGUCUCAGCAACAUCACCACUUCCACCCUCAAGGCUAUCCACCUCACCAUCCGCAUCCGGCGUCACACAUGGCGCCCCACAUGGGUCAUCACAUGAGCCACCAUCCGGGAUACGCGGCUCGCGACUUUCUGCUGCGUCGAGAGCACGAGUUCAACGCGACCGCGAAUCCAACGACUCCCGAAAGCGGCCUAGGCCUUUUCACCCCGUUGCAUCACGACGGUACGCCAGCCACGAUGCAGCAGUUUCCUCAUCAUCCGAGUCAGCAUCCCUUGGCAGCGAGUCACUACCCCGGUCAUUAUCCCCAGGACUCGAGAUUGCCUCCUCAUCAUCAGUACUUGGGCGCGCCUCAUCUGACGCCAGCCUCGAUACAUCACCAACAGCAUCCCGCUGUCAGCCACCCGAGUCAUCAUCCCCAUGGAGCCUUUCUGAGGUACAUGAGGAGCAACGGAACCGGCGGCGGCGUUCCUGGCGGCGUACCCGGCGGCCAACGUCAGGAGAUGUCCUGCAUGUGGGUAGACCAAGAUGCGCCGGGACCAGGAAGGAAGCUGUGCGGCAAACUCUUCAACUCCCUCCACGAUAUCGUGACGCACCUCACGGUGGAGCACGUGGGCGGACCCGAGUGCACGACGCACGCGUGCUUCUGGCAGGGAUGUUCGCGUAACGGCAGGGCCUUCAAGGCCAAGUACAAGCUCGUCAAUCACAUAAGGGUGCACACCGGCGAAAAACCGUUUCCAUGCCCGUUCCCUGGCUGCGGCAAGGUUUUCGCCAGGUCCGAGAACCUGAAGAUCCACAAGCGGACGCAUACCGGAGAGAAACCGUUCAAGUGCGAGUACUCCGGCUGCGAGAGGCGGUUCGCGAACAGCAGCGAUCGCAAGAAGCACAGUCACGUUCACACAUCGGACAAGCCUUACAAUUGUCGAGUUUCCGGAUGCGACAAGUCCUACACUCAUCCCAGCUCGUUGCGCAAGCAUAUGAAGGUGCACGGUAUGACCCUGGGCGAGGGCAAGAUAGGAGGGGGCUACGAGAGCGAGGGUGAAGAGAGCAGCAGCAGCGGGGGUAGCUUAUCUGUGACCGGGCACACGGAGUCUCCUCAGCCGCCUCCGGUUGUUCCGACAACGACCACGGCCAACCCACCGUCGAGUCAUCUUACGGCUCGAGGGCCAGAGUUGACGGAAUGGUACGUCUGUCAGCCGCCGACGGUGGGACCUCAGCACAGUCCGUUGCCAGGACCUCCGCCGCACCAUCACCUUGGUCCCCAUCACUUCAAUCCGCUGAUGCAUCACCAAGCGACUGCCUACUAGUUCCUCCCGGGAACUGACGAUCGGACCAGUUAUUCCAACGAGAUCCACGUCGCCACGGCGACCAGCUUCCACGAACGUUCGCGUUGGACCAUGUAAGAACACACCCACGGCACGCGAACAUGGUCGUGGACGACAAUCGCUCGACUUUCACGAAGCCUCAUCGAGAGAAGCCAUCGAACGGAAACGCGCGAGAUCGAAUAUGAAAUGGUCAAGAUCCUUCGUAGAAGAAUGCGGCCGUGGCUCGUUUCCCACUAGGAGUCGAUAGUUCAGUGAUACAGGGAGAGGACGAGGAAGAAGACGAGCUCGUCGUUGAAAUUGUUUCGAGAAUUGUGCAUUCGUAGGGACUAUACUCGCGACCAAAGGUAGAGCGACAUCGACUCUUUGUUAGACUGUCAUUAGUAUUUAUUUUCACCUUGACCACGCGUCACAUUCAAGCUCCGAUGCCUAUCGAGUUUUAUGAGUGAAACGCAAUUUCGACUAUCGCUUCUUAUCGUCGUGGCGAGCAACCUCGUGACCCGCCAACGAGAACACGUAGUGUGCUAGAGAUAUUCAAGUUCGGGACACGCCAAACCAAAAAGAAAGUUACCUCUGAUCGGAGCGGCGAGGUGCAAUUGCGAAUACAAUUAACCUAAAUCACCAGCCUCUGUUAGAACGCGAAAAUAUCGUGUAACGCGUUCUUGAACGCGAAAAAUCGUAUCUUGUAAUCGUGGCGUAACGAAUUAACCGAAGCAAAUCGAGUUACACCGAUCGCGUUCGUGUCUCGAUUUAUCAAUUGCGACGCCAAGAAACGACUCGGCAAGUCCUGGCUUAAUUGUUCCUCCGAAGCACAACCAAUCACGCCCGUUUCUACCGGACUCGCGUCUAAUCGAAACGUUGAUAGCGAUCGAACGAAUAACGUAAGCGUUAACGAAAAAAACCGUUGUUGUAUAUAUAUAUAUUAUAGUUGAAGCCGUCGAAACGGAGAGUAUUUCGCGAACGAUGUCGGGCGGAUGUUCGAGAUGUAUGAUAUGUACUACGAUUUUUCUUAUGUGUGAUAUUCUGUAAAUACAGAGACUUAGCGAGCGAUACGCGAUCGUAACAUUAUUCCAAUGAUUAUCAUUUUCGUUGUGUAUAUGCUUAGGCUGUCGGAAGAGCGAGAAAAUCCGAGCAUCGACCAUACCUGUAUCAUAUUAUAAUAUUUGUUUUGCAAAGAUCUGAAAUAUAUUGACGAUGCG